AUGCCUUACACUAAUUAUAGAAAUACUAUGAUGCACUCUAAUGUUACGAUUAAGCUCUUUCUUUUAAUAUUAAUCCUCUAAGAUAAUAACGUAAAGGUACUUAUAACUUUAAUUUAUAUUUAGCUGAUUCACUAUUUGAAAUAGGGAAGAAAUCAGAAGCAAAACAGUUUUAUUUGGCUGCAUUGGAAAAAGGAUCAAAUGACAAAAAUUACAUUUAGAAAUAACUAUCAAAGUUAUGAAGCAUUAUUAUACAUAUUAGAUAAUAAUAUCAAAAAUUAUUUAUUGCAAAGAUUUUUUCUGACAUUUCAGUUUUUUCAAUUUCAAAUAUAGCUCAAUUUUAUUUAUAUAAUAAAUAAAAAGGAAAAAUAUUUUAAAACAAAACAAAGAUAUUGUUUCAUAAACUAAAAUGCUGAGAAUGAUCAAAAAAUUUAUUCUUUUAAAUUUAACUUAAGAUUAAUGUACAUUCUAUUUCUAAAGUUUAAUUAUUAUAAUUUAAUUCAGCUUAUCUUCUCACAUCAAAGGAUUUUAUUGAUAAAGAGGAUAUAAAUUGUUAUCAAUUUUAGGGUGAUAUAUUGA